ACACGCAUCUCUCUCCUCUCUGCACUGUGCGUAGCCCGGACCGACAUGACCGGCGGCGUGAACGGCAACGGCGGAGGCGGGGGUGGGGGCGGCGGCGGCGGGGCGUGCGCGGUGUGCAAGCACCAGCGUCGCAAGUGCGAGCCCAACUGCGAGCUGGCCGCCUACUUCCCGGCCAACAGGAUGAACGACUUCCGCGCGCUGCACCUCGUCUUCGGGGUGGCCAACCUCACCAAGCUCAUCAAGGCCAACGCCACCGAGGCGGCGCGCCGCCGCGCCGCCGAGACGCUGACGUGGGAGGCGCGGUGGCGCGAGCGCGACCCCUCCGAGGGGUGCUACCGCGAGGUCUCCUGCCUCCGCCGCGAGAACGCCGUGCUGCGCGCCGAGAACGCCGCGCUCAGGCGCCGGGCCGACCAGUGCGCGUGCUGCGCCACCACGUUGCACCACCAGCAGCAGCAGCAGCAGAUAUUGCUCGUCUCGGCUUACAACAACGGCGCCCGGCCCCCCGGCGGCGUGCUGCACGGCGCCAGCACCGGGGUCGUGCCCGGCGGCUUCUACAGCGGCAAUGCCGGCGCCGUCCGUGCUGCCAAUGGCAACGGGCCGAUGCCCGCGCGGCCUCACGUGUCAGCUCCGGCGCCGCAAACGACGAUGGCCGGGUACGCGCAGGGCGACCGGCACCACGCCGCGUCCGGCGGAGCGAACGGCGCCGGCGCGCCGAGGCCCGGGGCAGCUGGUCAGGCGGAGCCCAGAGAGAAGAGCAGCGCGAGGUGUGACGCUCAGCGCACGGCUAGCUAGCAGUGGGCUAUGGGAGAAGAUGAAGGCUGAAAUUCAACUGUUUCUUACGAAAUUCAUGUACUAAUUAGGAACGAGCCCUACCAAGUAUUGCUUCUGGAAUAAAAAAAAUAGGUUUCGCUGUUGCUUCAUCUUUUUUGUGCUUUUCUUCUGCCUGAGCAGUGAGCAGGAUGUCGAAAGUUCAGUGUAAAACCCCAGCUUUGUAUAACUGGUGAUUUUUCAUUUAAUUAGAAGCUAGAAGAUGACCCAUGCAUCUUAGAGAAUGUUCUAAGCCAUGCUUGUUGAUUUAAGCAGCUGGUCAUCCUGGUAGAACUUCAGUUUCUUUCA